AUGGCCUUCACAAGCAUCACCGACCAGAUCACUCUCCUUCACUCUCAAAUCGCCGCUACCGAAUCCCAGCUCUUGAACCUCCGCGCCCAACUCUCCGCCGCUGAAUCUCGAGUCGAAACCGCCCGGCACCUCGAGCAGGCCUACCAAGGCGGCUUCCCUGCUGAAUGGAUUGGCGAGACUCUGUCGAGGUGGCCGUUGAGUGGGGAGGAGUAUAAGCGUUAUGGAAGACAAAUGAUCAUGAAGGAGGUGGGGUUGCAUGGACAGCUACGAUUGAAACAGGCCAAAGUCUUGGUCGUUGGCUGUGGAGGAUUAGGAUGCCCAGCGGCAGCGUAUCUCGCUGGAGCUGGCGUGGGCACGAUAGGACUGGUGGAUGGAGAUACGGUCGAAGCGUCGAAUCUUCACCGGCAGAUCGCUCAUUCGACGUCGAGAGUUGGGCUGAGUAAAGUGGAGAGCGCGUACGAGUACCUACGAGAGUUGAAUCCCCUCCCCAAUUACGAACGCCAUCCUUUCCACCUCUCACCUACUACCGCGCCGGAUGUGUUCUCGGCCUACGAUCUGGUGCUGGAUUGUACAGAUCAUCCAACGUCACGCUACCUCAUCUCCGACACCUGUGUGUUAGCUGGCAAGCCCCUGGUAUCGGCUUCGGCUCUGAAGACAGAAGGCCAACUAAUUGUACUCAACAACCCGCCAAAGCCACCUGGUGACCCCACAGGCGGACCUUGCUACCGCUGCGUCUUUCCGAAACCUCCUCCUGCAGAUUCAGUUCUCUCCUGCGGCGAAGGCGGGAUCCUUGGUCCAGUGGUCGGCGUGAUGGGUGUGCUGCAAGCUCUGGAAGCCAUCAAACUGCUCACAUCGCCCUCUAAACCCUCUGUCAACGGCAACGGCAUCUCACCGUUCGAACAACAAGAAUCGCCCCGAGCAAGCAUGCUCCUCUUCUCAGCCUUCAGCAGCCCUCAAUUCCGCACAAUACGCAUGCGAGCUCGUCACGCGUCUUGCGCAGCCUGCUCCUCCAUGGCCACAAUCACCUCUCAACAUCUCACAGACGGCGCCCUAGAUUACGCAGCCUUCUGCGGUCUAACCCACCCCAUAAACCUUCUCUCCCCGCAAGCCAGAAUCACCGCCGCAGACUUCGCUCGCCUCCCUCGCGAUGGCUCCAACAUCCUCAUCGACGUGCGCGAUGAGACGCAAUACGCCAUGUGUGCUCUGCGCGGGAGCAUCAACGUCCCUUGGUCCGGCAGCGGUCAGAAGUGGAUUGAGACGGCGUUGCAGAAGGGCGCGCUGCCGAUGGAUGUUGCUGGGAGGGAGUUGUUCGUGGUAUGUCGGUAUGGGAAUGAUUCGCAGCUCGCGGUGAAGGCGAUUCAGGAUGUGAUGGAGGGUGGUGCAGGACCUUCGGGGACGAGCGUGAAUGUUAGGGAUAUCAGGGGUGGGUUUCGGGCUUGGAGGGCGGAGGUCGAUGGGGAGUGGCCUGAGUAUUAA